GACGCUGUACGCAGUUGUUGAUAGUGCUCACAUGACGAUAGAGAUCUACUGAAGCCGUUCUAUCGGUGUCUCUUUUCCUGUCAAAGUCACCGCGGUCCUCCUUAUUAUGGCGCUCUCUAAAAAAUGGAAAUAGUGUUCAGCCUGGUGUCGUUUACUGUCACCAAGGUUUUACAGUUUUCUGGACUUGUCGACAACAGGGAUGCCCUGAGGACCAAAAAGAUGGAGGACAAAGCGUUAGAAGUGUACGAUGUGAUCCGAUCGAUCCGAGACCCGGAGAAGCCCAACACCCUGGAAGAGCUGGACGUGGUGACGGAGAAAUGCGUGGAGGUCCAGGAGCUCGGAGAGGACGAGUACCUCAUCAUUAUCAAGUUCUCGCCGACCGUCCCUCACUGUUCUCUAGCUACUCUGAUCGGUUUGUGCUUACAAGUGAAGCUACAGCGAUGUUUGCCAUUUAAACACAAGUUGGAAAUCUACAUUUCAGAGGGAACCCACUCUACUGAGGAGGACAUUAACAAGCAGAUCAACGAUAAGGAGCGAGUGGCCGCCGCCAUGGAAAAUCCAAACCUGAGGGAGAUCGUGGAGCAGUGCGUCACCGAACCUGACGACUGACCGAGGGAGCUCCGCCCACCUGAAGCAAACACCUGUGUGUCUGUGUGUGUGUCUGUGUGUGUGUGUGUGAGAGAGAGAGACUCUUCAGCUGGUGAACAGCAGUCAGGAAGCUGCGUGACCUCGUCAUCAUUCCCGGCCGGCCGGCCUUUGCUCUUUGUUGGCAUCGCUGAAGGCUUCAUCGGACGCUUCUUCUGUGCUCUUUUAGAAGUGUGUCCUUUUGUAAAUCCAGUCAGUGACUCAGACUCAAGUAGAAAUGUGAAUAUUUUCGAAGUGAUUAUUUUAAAAAAGGAUUUGAUACAAAAAGAAUCAGAUAUUAAAAGCUCCAUAAAUGAGAAGCUGUUUGAGUCGUGUGUGACUGACAGAAUAAUGUUCCUCAUCAGUUUAAAGAGCUUUUCAGAGUGAUUGUUAAAGUGCCACCUGUCCACACUAACACACUCGUCAUUACACCUACAUGCAGGCGUUAUUACCUGUGACCAUGCAGCCUCACUGUGAGCGUCCUCAUGGUUAAUACGUCGAGUUGAUUCAUGUCCUCUGACGCUUUGGAGGAACUUUAGUGACAUCAUCAGAUCUGGACGCUACAUGUGUAUAACAGAAACCCUGUGUUACAGGCAGGGAGGGUCUAAUGAAGAGAUGCUUUCAUGUUGCAUCAUGGGAAGUGGAAGUGGUGUACAUGUAUGUUGAAGUUUGACCUAAACUACAAACCACAAUGCUGGAACAGUCUCUGGAGGAAACUGAACUGUUUGGCCACUUGGGGGCAGCAGAAACAUGUGAAUAAGCUGCUUCCUGCUGCAGCUGAAGUGAGCGCUGAGCUCUGGGCCACAGAGCUCAACAACAGUGUUGUGAGGGCCACAGGUGAGCUUGUUUUUCAUCACUCUGAUUAGAAAUUCUUCUAAUAUGAAUCACUGUAAUUAUUAAUUAACCACAAAGCUCAGUUAUCAUGGACGCCCAGCAUCGUUAUCUUCUUCCUCGAGUCUUCUUCUACCAAGUCCUGGUGUGUUUGUGACUGAACAGCGUCUGAACGGAUGGAAACAACAGACAGCAGCAGGUUUACUCUGAGAGCAGAGAGGAUGAGUGACAGCUCAGGUCAAAGUUCACUCGUCACACUUUCAAACAGGAACAUGAAAAAACUCAGAGCGGGACAAUCAGCACCAGGAUGUUCACGAGCAGAGCCGAUAACAACCCACGCUAACUAAAAACGUCUGUCACAAUGUUUUUAACUGCAACUGUUACGACUCCACAACAGUCAUUUUCUGUCUGAAUAAUUAGUUUGGUUCAGUGUCACCUGAUGUUCACCUGGCGGUGGUGCCCAGGAGUCCAGAGGCUCCAACAGGAGGGAGACAUGGACAUUACUGCCAAAGUGAAUGUGGCCGUUGUUGUCUUUCAGCAGCUCGUUUAAAGCAGCACCAAUGAGAACAUCCCCUGCAUGUGAUGUCAUGACCACCUGAUGACAAGGCAACUUAAAACAAGGCUAGUUACCAAAGCUAGCAGCCCCGUGAGGCUGUAUUUAGACACAAUGGUUCUUGGAGCUUAAUGCUAACAUGCCCACAACCAAAAAAGUCCAGCUGAGGCGGAUGUGAAUGUCAUGAGCUUUGCAGGUAUUUGGUCAAAAACAAGCUGACAGUUUGACGUGAUGAGAGUCAGCAGAGUUCUUUCAGUUCUUCCUGAGGGGGCCAUGAGACAAUAGAGCCAGUAUGAAAAAGGUAAGAAACCACCAGUUUGGAUGUGUUGAAGCCUAAUGAUCAGCUGCAGACGCUCUUUCACUGAACUGGUCGUUCCAGAGCAACAGAAAGGGAGCAGGAGGGACACUUAUUGAAGUGAGCAUGUGAGCUUUUCAAUGCAGGACUUCAAUUUGAUCUUUUGCUGAAGAAAAGGAUCUGAACACCCCCUCGACCACCAAUCAAAACCCUGCACCCUCUCGCCAUCUGUCCUGAUGGUUUUUAUACAAUACAGCCUCCCGACACUGAAGCCUGCCGACUCUGAGGCCUCCCGACUCUGAAGCCUCCCGACUCUGAAGCCUCGCGACACUGAAACCUCCCGACUCUGAGGCCUCCCGACUCUGAAACCUCCCGACUCUGAAGCCUCGCGACACUGAAGCCUGCCAUCUCUGAGGCCUCCCGACUCUGAAACCUCCCGACACUGAAACCUCCCGACUCUGAGGCCUCCUGACAUUGAGGCCUCCUAACUGUGGCACAUUCAGCGGUUCAGGGUGCUGCAGAACAAGGAUCUCUGACUCCGCUCUGCUGCAUUAUGGACUCGACUGACGAGGGGGGCUGGAAGCUCUGCAGGAAAGUCUUUGAUUACAGAGGAAAGAAGAGAAGUGAUUUGCAUUCAGUGUCAAAACAUUAUUUUCAUGACUGUAGUAAUGAAGUUUUAUUCUGCCAGCUCAGUGUGUGUGUGUGUGCGUGUGUGUGUGUGUGUGUGUGUGUGUGUGUGUGUGUGUGUGUGUGUGUCUCGAUCGAUCGCUCGGUUUCGUACGACACACCGUUUGACUCCUCAUUUCAAAACGUGAUCAUUCUGUGCUUUUAUGCUAUAAUUUGCACAUUUUUGGGCCACAGCCGCUCUGCCGUGCAGUGUCAAAGCUGUCAUCACACACAGUAACUCUGCUCACAACAGAUUCAUGGAAAAAAAUGUGUUGAUGUUUGAAU